ACUUUUGGGUCAUCAGAAGAACUCAUACAAAAAAAAAAAGAAGAGGAGAGAGAAAAAAAAAAGAGAGAGAGAAAACAAGAGAGAGAAAAAAACAAGAAAAAAAUUCUCAUUUUUGAGAGAGAGAGGGAGAGCCACACAAUGGAGUAUCGUUUAUUCAAACUCCGAUUGUCCACUCGCCCUUUCUUGUCAGGCUGACUGGCCUGGCAUGACUGGCUUAACCUUGUCCCGUGAGAGAGAGAGAAAGGCUCAAUUUUUUUUUUUUUUUUGCACAUAUUUUUUCCCUUUUUUUUUUAUUAUUCUCAUCUAAACGAUAAUGAAGGACUUUCUUACUCAAUUAGCACUUGACCCUAAAUACCAUGACUUUCUCUCCAUUGUAAAAGGUUUCCGUAGCGGUGUUGUUUAUGGAGCUAAAGUUCGUUUUCCUCAUGCCUUGGUCAUGACCAUCUUGUUCAAGACGGGCUCUGUGGAGAGUAAAGUGAAGGGCAUUUUCAGGGCCACUAAGCAACAUGCUCAGAAUUUAGGUAUCUUUGCUACCAUCUAUAAGACCUUAAUGAUUGUUCAGAAAAGAAUCAAUGGUGGGAAAGAGGCUAGUAUCCAUCCUUUUAUUGCUGGUGUGGUGGGUGGUUACUAUGUUUUUGGUGAGAACAACAGCAUCAACCAGCAGAUCAUUUUAUACUUGUUUUCGCGUGUGGUACUUGCAUUGGUCAAAGUGCCCGUCAAGAGACAGAUCAUUGAUGCUCCUCAACACACAUAUCCAGUCUUUGCUGCUGUGGUUUGGGGUCUUGUUAUGUGGUUGUUCCGACAUGAACAGGAAACGGUUCAACCUUCACUUCGUGCUUCCAUGCAAUAUAUUUAUCGUGAUUCCGACCAUUGGAAUUCACUUCGUACACUCUUAUGGCAUAAUAAAUAGAGAGAGAGAGAGAAUUGGAAAACGGAUUUAUUAUUAAAAAAU